AUGUCGACUCAGACGCCCUUCGGAAACGGCGUCGCCUACACACCGCAAAAUGCGCCGCCAUUGCGCCGCGGUAACGGCCUAGGCAGCGCGGGCCGGCCAUCGCUCUCGGCGUCCUUCUCACUCAACCCAGCCGACGUCUCGGGCAUCUCAGACAUGAGCGCGCCGUCGUCCCUCCGCGGGCGGGCAGUCUUUCUCUCAUCGGCAGAACAGGGCCACCUGGGAAUGGGCCAGGUGUCGCCGCGCGUGCGCCCGUCGCUCUACACUAGCCGUGCUGGUCCGAGCAACGGCCCGGCAAGACUCGUCCCUGCAGAGACGAGACAUACCCGCUCCCGCUCGCGCCUGAGCGAAGUCAUGGACGAAGACGGGUUAGGCACCUCUGGCGACGAGUUCGAUGACGUAGAGCACUGGGGCAUGAUCGACUCGAUGCGCCAGUGGCGCCAGGACGCUAUGUUGCAGCAUCUGUACCAGACGGCUGCGUUCUGGGGCGACAAGCUGUUCUCGUGGACGGGCGACGUCGACGACGGUUUCUGGCUCGCGCAGUCCUAUUUCCUCCAGGGGAACUACUUGAAGGCGGAGCGUCUCUUGACGGACAACCAGUUACCCCCAGCGUCAGCAGCACAGAAAGGCAAGGGCAAGGGGCGCGGCGGCGACCUGCUGGACGACGAGGACGAAGCGGCGCCCGCACCAAUAAGGCUGAUCGAAAAGGCCCUUCCGUGUCGGUUUCUUGCUGUCCAGUGCCUCAUUCACCAGGACAAGCAUGCCGAGGCGCUCGAAAUGGUCGGCGAGAGCAACGCGUUCCGCGACGACCGGAUCAACCCUCGCCCAGCGCCAGACGAGCUCAAGCUCCACUCAUCAAUGUGCUACCUCCGCGGUAUUCUCCACCUCCGGCUAUCGUCACUUCAGCGCGCCAAGGAGUGCUUCAUCGAGGCUCUGGUCAUUGACCCCAAGAACUACGAGGCGUUCAGGGAGCUUGUCGAGGGCCAAAUGAUGUCGUCUGAAGAGGAGUGGGAGUUUAUCAACAACCUGGCAUACAGGGACCACCUGCAGCCCGAUGCUGCGGCAUUUGUUCGCCUAAUGUACCUCUCCAAGCUGAGGAAAGACUCUCAUGUGACCGAGAUUGCGGCGGUCCGACGGGAACUGGCCGCUUCCUACGGCCUGGGCGACAACUGCGACGUCAUGGUCGGCGAGGCCGAGGAGUUGUUUGCUCGGUACAAGUGGGAGGAGUGCUACGUUGUGACGUCCAAGAUUUUGGAGCGCGUACCCGGCCAUGUCGGUGCGCUGCCGCUGCACCUCGCGUGUAUGCACCACCUGCCACGGCUGCGUUCAUCGCUGUACAUGCUUGCCCACGACUUGGUCGACCAGAACCCCCACGCCGCGACGUCAUGGUACGCUGUCGGCCUGUGGUACUUUACCGGGCGGCGCUGGGCCGACGCCCGACGCUACUUCAGCAAGGCCAAUCUCAUCGACUCGCGCUUUGCGCCGGCAUGGGUUGCAUUUGGCCACUCGUUUGCAUGGGAGGGGGAGCACGAGCAGGCAAUUACAGCGUACUCUACGACGUCGCGAUUGUUCUCUGGAUCCCACCUCCCACUCCUGUUCAUCGGCCAAGAACAACUCCAGUUGUCACAAUCGGCGCUGGCAGAAGAAUACUUUCUGUCGGCAGCGGCAAUCCACCCGUCCGACCCGCUGCUGCUACACGAGCUCGGCGUGGCGGCGUACAACCGAGACGACUACGCCAACGCGAUCGACUACUUUCAGCGGGCGAUUUCUGGCGCUGGCGACAUGCAGGGAGUUGCACAGACUUGGGCCGUCACACACUGCAACCUGGGCCACGCGCUGCGUGUGGAGGGCAGGUAUCCCGAAGCGCGCGCCGCGUACCAGGCGUGUAUCCGCCUCGACCCGACCAACGCGACGGCAUACGCCUCGCAGGCGAUGCUGUCCCAGCUCGAGGGCGAUGUGCGCACCGCCAUCAGGCUGUACCACGCCGCGCUAGCGCUCUCCCCCCAGGAUCCAAUGGCAACCGUGCUGCUGGAGAUGGCACUGCGCGAGCAGGUCGAAGUGCUCGACCCGACGACGCUGCCUGGUCUCCCGGCGGCGAUCGCCCAGCGGGAUCUCGAUCCGUUCAGCGUGCCAAAGGGCAACCCAGCGUUUGGACCGUUACCCAUCGAGAUCGACCCUGCGACAUUGUCCGACGCAGGCGGCGACACGACAAACAUGAGCUUUAGCCAGGCCGAGCUCGACGUGCCGGCCGUCACGCCGCGGGCUAGGAGUGCGGAACUCGACCCGGACACGUCAGUCUCACUGCGCACGCGGUCGCACGUGAGCGCCACACCGGGCGAGGAGUCAAGCUGGAUGGAGAUUGAGGAGGACUAGGCGGCGAGGCGGCGAGGCGGCGAGGCGGCGAGGCGACG